AUGUUGGCUCGGCAGCUUCUCCAGGGGCCUACAAGGCAGUUGUUGGCCGCGCAAGGCCGAAUAAGUCCUCGCAUCACGACUGCGUUAACAUCAAAAAGGUUCAGAGUUGGAGAUUCGGGUGAUAACAAAUCUGGACAUAUAAGCACGACACCUGAGCAAGGCAUUCUCUUUUUUAACAACGUCUUGCCGCCGAAUCUACAAUGGCUUUUCCGGCUCUCCUCAUCUCUCGAAAAGAAAUCACCGCUUUCGGACGGCAAUCAGACUGCAGAGAAUCUUGGCAUCGUGCACCCGCAUACGUUGUUCAACGACGCUACCAAGACUGAAUAUGCCGGGCAAGUCAACGUUGUGGAAGUGCUGCCACGUCUCCGGGAAGGUGGCGCGUUUCUCAAAUUCAGCUUUAGCUCGACUACAGAUCCGAAAGCAGUUGCUCAAAGUAUCAGCCAGCAUCUUCGGGAGCAUCGGACGCGAAGUUGGUGGAAUCCAUUUGCGAACGUGAAGGCGAGUUUGGUUCAAGGGACGCCAUGGGUGGAAGACCUAUCGCGUCGACCAUCACGCAGGCUCAGGAUCGAGUUCCUCCCAACAGAGCCCGGGAAUCCAGUUGCAGAGUUAAGCCAAGAGCAGCUGUAUGGGUUCUUCCGUUCGUUCGGAAAGCUCUCUGAGAUUGUUCCUCAAGCAUCCGACUCAAAAGUUCUCCCGCGCUUCGCUUAUCUCGACUACUACUUUAUGAGUCGUGCAAUAAUGGCAAAAAAUUGUCUUCAUGGUUAUGUUGUGACCGAGGCGCAAGGAGGCGGCAAAACCGGAACCCUGCUUCGCUUGUCAUAUGAGAAAAAGGAACGGUUCAAGUGGUUCAGAGAUACGAUCUCGGGUCACUCUCGGAUCGUUUUACCACUCCUCGUUGCACUCGUGGCCGGAAUCACCGUGGCCGUUUUCGACCCAAUCAGAACGCUCUCCAUCAAAGCUCACAUCACACGCGCUUUCCACGUCGAGGACAACGUGAUAUUCCGCUGGUUUCGUCGAACCGGCGAGGAUAUCAUCAAAAGCGUACGCCAGCUUGGUGGUCUCGAACAGAGUUAUGAGGCAGGCAUGGAAGUUGUUUGGGAGGAUCGCAAAUCCGAGGUGGAUAAAAUCCAAGCUUGGCUGAUGGAGAGUAUAGACACGUUCAUUAUCGUCCAAGGUCCACGAGGAAGCGGCAAAAAGGAGCUGGUCAUCGACCAUGCUUUGCGGCACAAGAUCGCAGCAAAAAGAGUGCUGGUUGUGGACUGCAAACCGGUAGCUGAGGCGCGCGGAGACGCUGGUACAAUAUCCGCUGCUGCGGCACAGGUUGGCUACUCUCCGGUAUUCUCGUGGUUUAAUAACUUCAGCGGUCUCUUGGAUCUAGCAGCGCAAGGUCUGACAGGAGUGAAAGCUGGAUUUUCAGAGACACUCGAAAACCAACUGGUCAAGAUUUGGGUCAAGACUUCUGCUGCACUGAAGAGCAUCGCCCUCGAAUCUCGGAGAAAGGAUGACAAAGACGCGAAGCUCAGCGAUGAUGAGUACCUAGAAGCACACCCGGAGCAUCGUCCCGUGGUCGUCAUCGAAAACUUCCUGCACAGAAGUAACGAUCCGGGCGCCAGCUUGGUAUACGACAAAUUGGCACAAUGGGCAGCUGAACUGACAACCUCAAACAUUGCUCACGUGAUAUUUUUGACGAAUGAUGUGGCAUUCAGCAAGUCUUUGAGUAAAGCAUUGCCAGACCGCGUCUUCCAUCAGAUCUCCCUAGGCGACUGUUCACCCGAAGUCGCUAAGCGAUAUGUCAUCAAUCGCCUAGAUUUUGACGCGGAUACCAAGAAGAUUGUUGUAAAAGAAGGCGAGGAAGAAGUGAAAGUUCUGACACCAAGUCAGAAACGAAAAGAUCUCCAUGAACUUGACGAGGUAAUCGGGCUCCUUGGAGGCCGUCUAACAGACUUGGAAUUUUUUGCUAGACGCAUCAAAGCCGGUGAGACGCCCUCAAAGGCCGCUAGGGAGAUCAUUGAUCAAUCAGCGUCAGAGAUUCUGAAAAUGUUCCUGCUCAAAACGAAUGAAGAGCGUGAUUGGACCACGCUCCAGGCGUGGACGGUAAUUCGGAGUCUUGCAGAGAACGACUCUUUGCGGUUUAAUGAGCUGCUGAUGUCCGACUCGUUCAAGACAGAUGGCGAGAAGGCGAUCGCCGCUCUCGAACAAGCUGAGCUUGUCUCCGUGCAGUCGUAUAACGGACGACCGUUCAGUGUUAAGCCAGGAAAGCCUGUCUACCAGUCAGCCUUCCAGAGACUAGUCAACGAUAACGUCCUCAGAGCGAAGAUGGAUCUCGUCUUGUUGAACAAUGCGAUCUCGAACCAAACGAAGACCAUCGAAAAACUUGAGCAAGAACUACAUUUACUUGCUGAGCUGCCUAGACAGCCUGUCGAACUACGCGAGCGAGUACAAUGGCUGUUGACUAACAUAUCAACGGCACAGAAAAAAAUCGAGACUUUCGAGAAGGAGAGCACCGACUUGAAGAAGAUCUUGACUACGGAAUUCUAA